UCAAUACCCAGCAGCCAAACAUGGAGGCAGUUGUCUCGGCGAUCAUCGGCGACCUCGCCGGUAGAUCCAUCUCUUUCCUCGUCGACACAUACCUCAACCUGACGGCACCAACGACCGGCGACGACGACGAGAGGCUACACAGGCUGCAGCAGCUGCUGCGUCGUGCCCACGUCAUCGCCGAGGAGGCGGAGCGGCGGCGCGUCACGAACCACUCCAUGCUGCUGCAGCUGAACACCAUGAGAGAGGAGAUGUACAGAGGGCACCACGCGCUGGCUCACAUGCUGGCCAGCCGCCGAGCCCGCAGCAGGGACGACGACGGCGACCAGGAUGACCAGCGACGGCACGCCGACGACGACGGUCCGGUGAGCCAUCAUCAUCCCUUCGCCAUGUCUCAGUUCAAUCCUGCCAAGCGUGCCCGCCUGGUGAUCCGUAGCAGGGAUGGUCAUCGUCAGAGCGAGAAACGGAUGCAGCAAGCUCUGAAGCGCAUAGAAACCAUAAUCACUGACGUGAAAGAUGAGUUCGUCGUGUUCUUGACCGCUUGUCCUCCCUUGGGGCGCCAGCCGUACAGCUCCUACAUGAUCAUCGACAAGUGCAUGUUCGGUCGCCAAAUGGAGAUGGAACGUGUCGUCACCUUCCUACUACACGACGACGAAGAAGAAGAUGAUGAUGGUGGUGGUGGUGCUUCGAAGCUAGGUAUCCUGCCCAUUGUAGGCCCCACAAAAGCCGGAAAGAGCACCCUUGUCGAGCAUGCUUGCAACGACGAGAGGGUGCGAGAUCACUUCUCGCAGAUAGUAUCUUUCACCCUUGGCGACCUUGUAGAUGAAAACACACUGGCCCUUAGAAGAGGCCGAGUGAUCAGGCAUCGGCGCUGCCCCUCAGAUGAAGGCUGCAGGGUAUUGGUCAUCGUUGAACUGGAUGGAGAUAGGAAUUCAAGAGGUAUGGAUUGUACUAUCAUGGAGGAUUUGUUCAGAAGACUGCGAUCCAUCUGCAGAACUCGCGUCCCGUGUGUAAGUAAAAUCAUAGUCAAAAGCCGAUCCGACAAGAUUGCGAGUCUCGGAACAACGGAACCUCUUAGGUUAGAUCAUGUAGCUAAAGAAGCUUAUUGGUACUUCUUUAAGGUGUGUGCAUUUGGAAGCACAGACGCCUCAGAGCACCCGGAACUGGUAUCAAUAGCCAUGGACAUGGCAGUGGAGAUGGAUAGGUGUUUCGGGCUCCUGGACGUAUUUGCUGGACGCUUGAGAUCAAAUUUCAAUGCUCGUUUUUGGAGGUUGAUGCUGGAGGUUGUAAGAGAAUUCAAGAAGAAGAAUCUCCUCAUGAACGAUGCAUGCCAUAGUGAUCAAAACCGGGAGGUGACCGAGCCGGCAUCAUUUAACCCCAAAAGAACCCAAGAUCAGUUUGUGUGUCAUGGCGACUAUGAACUAACAGGCUUUGUGGACGGAGAAGUUCCAAUGAUAUCAUUGCACGAUCUCAUUUUUGAAGGCACCAGGCCACGAGGAAAUCCCGCACACCACCUUACUACAGCCACGCGUACAGCUUCGAGAUACUGAGGCCACAGUGUAUGACCAUCACUCAGCAGGAAGAAGACAGCAGUUAAGAAUAUUGUCAGCUGAGCCGAUGAUAAUCUUUUGUGUGUGUUUAGAUAUGUUCAGUCAUCUGUUGAAGUGUAUACUUGACAUUUCUGAAGGGCAGAGCCUAUUGUAAUUGUGUGAUGCAAGGUACUAUGAUCCCAGACUCAUAUCUUUUUGUGGUUACUUAAUCAAGUCUGUCCUUUCCAGUA